AUGGAGCAGCACCUGGUCUUUGACAGCGGCCUGACCCGCGCCGACCAUGUGGUGCUGAAGAACCUUGCCCACGACAUUGCCGCUGCCGACGCCGCACAGCAGCAGCUGCUCACCGUCCCGAACGACGAUGCUGUGGACCACGACUCGGGCAUCGGCUCCGAGGAGAGCUCUCAUCACGAGGAUGAAGCUGUCGACAAGCUCUGUGAGGAGAGCUCCGCCGAUGACACGGCCAAGGACGUUGCCCGGCUCAAGGCCAUGCGGGACCCGGCAAGCGACAAGUUCGAGCCAACAGUGCUGCUCACCGUUGACGAUUGCGCCUCAUACGUCUCGCCGGCGCUCAACAAAUACGUCCUGCAGCCGUACAUUUCCUGGGCCCGGAGGAUAACCCGGCACGAGACGGACGUUGCCAUGAUCACGCACCUCAUCAUCUACUUUACGACUUCGGUGCCGAGCGCCGUCCUCCUCUACAACCGCUUCUCCUACAUCCACGGCAUCCUCCACGUCGCCAUGCAGUUCUACUACCUCGGCACCUACACGCUCAUGAUGCACCAGCACAUCCACCAGCGGGGCAUCCUGGCCAAGCCAUACGGCCUCUUCGACAAGCUGUUCCCGUACUUGCUCGACCCGCUGAUGGGCCACAGCUGGAACACAUACUACUAUCACCACGUCAAGCACCACCACGUCGAGGGCAACGGGCCGGACGACCUGUCCUCGACGAUCCGCUACCAGCGCGACAGCCUCGCCGACUUUGCCCGCUACGUGGGGCGCUUCUUCUUCCUCGUCUGGGCCGACCUGCCGCUGUACUUUUUGCGCAAGAACAGGCCCGGCAUGGCGGUGCGCGCGGCGGGCUGGGAGUUUCUCACCUACCUGUUCUACUACACCAUGGCGACGCGCUUCGGCGGCAAGGCGACGCUGUUUGUGUACCUGCUGCCGUUCUUGAUCCUACGGCUGGGCCUCAUGGUUGGCAACUGGGGGCAGCACGCGUUUGUGGACGCAGAUGAGCCGGACUCGGACUUUCGGUCCAGCAUCACGCUCAUUGAUGUGGCGAGCAACCGGUUCUGCUUCAACGACGGGUACCACACCUCCCAUCACCUCAAUCCGCUGCGGCACUGGCGCGACCACCCCAUCUCCUUCCUGGAGCAGAAGCCGACGUACGCGAAAGAGGGCGCGCUCGUGUUCCACAACAUCGACUUCCUCAUGAUCACGGCGCGGCUGAUGAUGAAGGACUACGAGCACCUCGCGCGCUGCAUGGUGCCCAUGGGCGCGCAGAUCGACCUCACCAUGGAAGGCAGGGUCGCGCUGCUCAAGACGCUGACACGAAAGUUCAGCGACGACGAGAUUCGCGACAAGUUUCGCAAGAGGACGUGA